AUUAGCUACUUAUAUACACUUCUUAGCUUGUGGUCACCAAGUCACCAUCACACAUGAUGGCAACACUAACAUCCCGAACUGCAGAUCAUCGCACAGCAUUCAUCGGGAUUAUGGACACCAACAUCCUCAUGAACCUGGCAUCAACGAUCCUGAAUUCGAGCACGUACAAUGACGAUGAAGCUCGCAAGGUUGCACUGGAAACAGCAAUUGUAACGCUGUGCCACGACCACCGGUGCAUCUUGUUUCUACCAGACAAUGUCGAACAGGAGACCAAGACGAACAAUGCCAAAACCAAGACUUCGCAAGCCAAAGGCGUCGCAUCCACCGACUUAGUGCUCGCUGUACUGAAAGAUCAGCAGGAAUCCAGCAAGUGCCUGUAUCGACUGGAUAUCGACGUCGACAAUGGAAUUUCCGUUGAUCUUUCCUUAGUUCGACUGGCUCAACUGUUACACGAUACCGUGUCAACCGCUGUCGUAUUAAUCACCAACGACAAGCUCCUGCAAAUCUUUGCUUUGGUUAACAAGGUCACUUGUGCGACUUGUGAGGUGAAUAGUGAAGAACCGCCUACUUUAUUCUAUCCACGAAUGAAAGUUGACUUAUGGGAUGUUGGUGCCGAAAUGGAGAAACGGUUUGAAAAGGUCAUCGAAGACUGUUGGGAUGAGUCCAAGCUUUCCAAGGAUGGGGAUCCGAUUGACAUUUUGACUAAUGCCCUGUGCAUUUUAGAUCGAAAGAAGCGGGAAUUCAGCAGAAUUCAAAAGAAAUACCAGAAAUUACAUGGGCAGGUUGUUACCGGACGUCCGUCUUCUACGCAGGAAGAACUGGCUACUGCGCAGCUUACAUGGCCUUCAGCGGGAUAACGCUGAAGGCUGAGCCCUAAAGCGACAAGCAGUCUAUCGUCGAAAUACGUGUGUACAAUAUUUUUGUGCAACAGCUAAUAUUGUACACACGUAUUUCCAUGUUCAAUACGUUGAACAAGUUUUUUACUAGUUUGUUCUGUUUUUUUGUGUUUCUUUGAUUGAUUCAUUUUUUUUGCUUUUAUUUUCUUUGAUUUCCUUUCAUUUUAUUGUUCCAAGCGUUUAGAACGAAUAUGCGGUGGGAUAGCAUAGAGGAAUGUUUCUGUUAAAAAUUUUGUUUUUGGUACCUAUUAGAAGUCGUAUGAUAUGCGGUACAGUGCAGAUGGUAAAAAGUUCAAGAAUAAGCAGCAUAUCAAAAAAAUCAAAAUCAAAAUUAUUUCAUCUGCCAUGGUCGACAGGGCGUGAUGAAACAAAAUUAGAUUUUUUGGUAAUGGAAUAUUUGUUUAUUAUUGAUGAGGUUCGGAUGUUGUUAUUGAUCUGGU